UGCAUAAGCUGCCGUAUGUUACUGUCAAAAAAUGAACGAAAAGCCUGUCAAAUGCAUAACGAACGCAGAGUAGACAUUUGAAUGACUAUAAUGUGCUUACAUGCAUAAGAAGAAAGUGUCAAUAAGCAAUUUGUGUUUUUGUUUUGUUUCGUUUGAAUUUUGCAAAAAUGAACAGAAAGUUAAAAUAUUUAAAAACAAUAAAAAUCCUUACGUCUGUUUUAGACGGAAUACGCAUAUUGACAGAAAUUAGUGAAAUAACAAAAAAAAGAGUUCGGUCGUGUUCAGUGAGGGAAAUAAACAGAAAGAGGAGGAAGGAUGGUUUCUUUGUACGAUUCCUGGAAAUGAAGAGGAUUGACCACGCUGAUUUUUUUAUAUACACGCGAAUGACGCCACAAGUAUAUGGGCUUUUGCUUACUCUUGUUGAGCCCUUUUUAAAAAAGAAUUCGUUGAGGGAGCCUGUGCAACCGGAAUGUCGAUUAGCUUUGACAUUACAAUAUUUGUCACAAGGAACUUCGUUUCAAUCGUUGGCAUGGUCAUUUCAACUGGGGAAGGAAACGGUUAGGCGCAUUAUUCUGGAGACAGCUGAAGUCCUUUGGACAAAGUUAGGCGCUGUUUAUGUAUCUGAGCCUAAUGAAGAAGAUUUCAAGCAAAUUUCUCAAGACUUCUGGGAACUGUGGAAUAUGCCCAACUGUGUUGGAUCUAUUGAUGGGAAGCAUAUCGCUAUUCGAUGCCCACCUAAAAGCGGUAGUCAAUUUUUCUGCUACAAAAAAUUUUUUUCUAUUGUAUUGUUAGCAGUGUGUGAUGCCCGAUAUCGGUUUACCUAUAUAGAUAUUGGUGCAUAUGGAAGUCAGAGUGAUGGUGGUAUUUUUCAAGUGAGUCGAUUGGGAAAGAGGUUAUUAGAUCAUAAACUCCCCAUCCCUCCAGCGAAAAACUUACCAAAUACGCAACUAAAAACUCCACACUUCUUCGUUGGUGAUGCUGCCUUUCCUUUAGGGACAAAUUUAAUGCGACCAUAUCCUGGGGGAAUGCUACCAAAUGAAAAAGAGGUGUUUAAUAAAAGGUUAUCAAGAGCUCGUCGCACAAUUGAAAACUCUUUUGGAAUACUAGUAGCGCGUUGGCGAGUUUUACUAACAACAUUACAUUUAUUUCCUGAAAAUGCAGAAAAAAUUGUUUUAGCGUGCGUUGCCUUACAUAAUUUUAUUAUGUUUAACAACGUUAAUGCAUCUUCGUAUAUUGCAAGCAACUAUGCUGAUUGGGAGGACUCUAAUGGUGAUUUUCAUGACGGUUUAUGGCGUAGAGAAGUUGAAAGUAAUAUCCCAUCGAUUAUGCAAUCUUCCAAUUUGCAUCAUUACGGUGGAAGAAGUUCUUUGGAAAUUAGAAAUAACUUAUGCAGUUUUUUUAACACUUUUUAAAACAUAUUCUAAAAUCACAUAUCUAACAUCAUUUCGAACUUGUUUAUUUCUUUUUUAAUAAAACUAAAUGGAGUUUAAUUAAAUUCA